CCCAGCAGCCACACCGUGCAGAGCUUUUCUUCUCACAGCAGCAGCAGCGGGGUUUUCUGACACACACCGGCUAUUCAUCACAUUAAAAAAAACACACACUCACGGCUGAAAGCGGCGAGAAAAGGAGGACACUUUCCUCGGUCGUGUAUCCCUCCCCGUCCCACCUCUCUUGAUCUGGGCCGUCGUUGCUUUUUUCAUUUUUAUUUUUUAUUUUUGUACGGUUUUUUCCCUCUUGGCAGUUUCUCUGUGGCGUACUCAGGUUUCUUUUGCUGACAUGGUAGAUUAUCACGCUGCCAAUAACCAAUCCUCGGCCGGCGGGGCGCAGACCUACAUGGAGCAGGAGAAUGACUGGGACCGGGACCUGCUGCUGGACCCGGCCUGGGAGAAACAGCAGAGGAAGACUUUCACGGCGUGGUGUAACUCCCACCUGCGGAAGGCCGGCACGCAGAUCGAAAACAUCGAGGAGGACUUCAGGGAUGGGCUGAAACUCAUGCUGCUGCUGGAGGUCAUCUCAGGCGAGCGGUUACCCAAGCCUGAGCGAGGCAAGAUGAGGGUCCACAAAAUCAACAACGUGAACAAAGCCCUGGACUUCAUUGCCAGCAAGGGAGUGAAACUGGUCUCUAUUGGAGCAGAGGAAAUUGUGGAUGGAAAUGCCAAGAUGACCCUGGGAAUGAUCUGGACCAUCAUCCUCCGCUUUGCCAUCCAGGACAUCUCUGUAGAAGAGACGUCUGCGAAGGAGGGUCUUCUGUUGUGGUGCCAGAGGAAGACUGCUCCCUACAAGAAUGUCAAUGUGCAGAACUUCCACAUUAGCUGGAAGGACGGUCUCGCCUUCAACGCUCUGAUCCACAGACACAGACCUGAUCUCAUCGAUUACGACAGCCUCAGAAAGGACGACCCAGUGACCAACCUGAACAACGCCUUUGAGGUGGCUGAGAAGCACCUGGAUAUCCCCAAGAUGCUGGACGCAGAAGACAUCGUGGGUACGCUGAGGCCGGAUGAGAAGGCCAUAAUGACCUAUGUAUCCUGCUUCUAUCAUGCCUUCUCUGGUGCACAGAAGGCUGAGACAGCCGCAAACCGUAUCUGCAAAGUCCUGGCUGUCAACCAGGAGAACGAGCAAAUGAUGGAGGACUACGAGAAGCUGGCCAGCGACCUGCUGGAGUGGAUCCGCCGGACCAUCCCCUGGCUGGAGAACCGAACCCAGGAGAAGACUGUCAAUGAUAUGCAGGCGAAACAGGAGGACUUCAGAGACUACCGCUGUGUCCACAAACCACCAAAGGUCCAAGAGAAAUGUCAGCUGGAGAUCAGCUUCAACACUCUGCAGACUAAACUGAGACUCAGCAACAGACCUGCCUUCAUGCCAUCAGAAGGACGCAUGGUGUCUGAUAUCAACGGAGCAUGGCACACUCUGGAAGGAGCAGAAAAAGGCUACGAGGAGUGGAUUCUCAGCGAGAUCAGACGUCUGGAGAGACUGGAACACCUGGCAGAGAAGUUCCACCAGAAGGCUGCCAUCCACGAGUCCUGGACCGAUGGUAAGGAGGCCAUGCUGACCCAGAAAGACUAUGAGACUUCCACCCUGUCAGAAGUCAAGGCGUUGCUACGGAAACACGAGGCCUUUGAGAGCGACCUGGCAGCCCAUCAGGACAGAGUGGAGCAGAUCGCCGCCAUCGCACAGGAGCUCAACGAGUUGGACUAUUACGACUCCGCCAGCGUCAACGCUCGCUGUCAGAAGAUCUGUGAUCAGUGGGACGUCCUGGGAGCCCUCACCCAGAGCCGCAAGGAGUCCCUGGAGAGGACAGAGAAGCAGCUGGAGUCCAUAGAUGAGCUUUACCUGGAGUACGCCAAGAGAGCGGCACCUUUCAACAACUGGAUGGAGGGAGCCAUGGAGGACCUGCAGGACAUGUUCAUUGUCCACAAUAUUGAGGAGAUUCAGGGUCUGAUCACAGCCCACGAGCAGUUCAAGUCCACCCUGUCGGAGGCCAACAAGGAGCGGGAGGCCAUCCAGUCCAUCCAGGCCGAGGUGCAGAAGAUCGCCCAGAGCAACGGCAUCAAGCUGAGCGGAUCAAACCCCUACACCACCAUCACACCUGAGAGCAUCGACAGCAAAUGGGAAAAGGCGAUGGCCAUGGUGCCUCUGCGUGACAACGCCCUGCAGGAUGAGCUUAACAAGCAGAACUCCAACGACACUCUGAGAGCCACGUUCGCCACUCAGGCCAACACGGUCGGAGCCUACAUACAGGAGAAGAUGGAGGAAAUUGGCAGGAUAUCCAUUGAAAUGAACGGCACUCUGGAGGACCAGCUGACCAAUCUGAAGGAGUACCAGAAGAGCAUCAUGUCUUACAUGCCUGAAAUCAACAAGCUGGAGGGAUUCCACCAGCUCAUCCAGGAGGCCCUCAUCUUCGACAACCAGUACACGUCCUACACAAUGGAGCACCUCCGUGUGGGCUGGGAACAGCUGCUGACCACUAUCGCCAGAACAAUCAAUGAGGUCGAGAACCAGAUCCUGACACGUGACGCCAAGGGCAUCAGCCAGGAGCAGCUCUACGAGUACCGCGCCUCCUUCAACCACUUUGACAAGGACCACAGUGGGGCCCUGAUGGCUGAGGAGUUCAAGGCCUGUUUGAUCAGUCUGGGCUACGAUGUGGAGAACGACAAGCAGGGCGAUGGCGAGUUUGCUCGGAUCAUGGGCAUAGUGGACCCCAACGGCAGCGGCGCAGUCACCUUCCAGGCCUUCAUUGACUUCAUGUCCACGGAAACGACAGACACGGACACCGCAGACCAGGUCAUCGCCUCCUUCAAGAUCCUGGCCGCUGAUAAGAACUACAUCACGGCCGAUGAGCUGAGGAGGGAGCUCCCCCCCGACCAGGCAGAGUACUGCAUCAGCCGCAUGGCGCCCUACACAGGGCCUGACGCCGUACCCGGAGCCUUGGACUACAUGUCCUUCUCCACCGCCCUGUACGGAGAGAGCGACCUCUAGAGGAGGCAAGAGGAACAGGAGGGCUGGACAGACGGGGUGAGGGGAGGGAGGGUGGGUAGGGGGGAAGAAGAGAGAAGGAAGGUAGAGAGUUCUUCUGUGCGUAGAGGAGGCGCCAGGAAUCAAGCGUUUGGAGGAAUUGGAGUGGUGAUUAUGAGGUGCCCCUGCGUGUGCCGGUUUAGAAAUCACCAGACAUGUUUAAGUCUCUGAGCUUGUUGAUCGAACUGUAGUUAGGUUUGAAUGUUUUCCAGCUCUGUUACGUCGUAAACAGAUUGAGAGUAAUCAAGGUUCAUUUUUCAUUAAGGUUUUAUAUGAACAGGCAUAUCCAGGGGCAGCUGUGGGACAGGGGGCCAGCUGCUCCUUAGUGCGGUCCUUAGCUUCACCCUCUCUGCCUUUUGUGGGGUCAAACAGUGGAGGGACGGGAGUUUUGGGGGGGGGGGCACAAGCUAAUCUGAUACUUAUGCUAAUUUUUGUUUAUUAUAAUUUUUUUUCUUCUUGCCGGGGGGGUUCAGGGCGGCUCCAGCCUGCGAGCACGGUGGUGUGGGUUUGAUGUGGCGGCUGGCGAGGUUUGUGUAUUAGAUCCUAGAGAGAUACAGUACAUGCUGUGGGGGUUGGGAGGGGAGGGGGGGGUUGACAAACCAGAGAUGAAAUGACAUAUUUACCCAUAAUUCCUGUGUUGCUGGAUAAGGUGACCUGUUUAACCUCAGCUCUUUUCCUCCUCCUCCUGUCUUUGUUUAUUUCUUUUUUUGUUUGUUUUCUGGAGCAGGUGGGGUGGGGACGUGGUUGGUCCGGGUGGGGGUGGGGGGGCGGGGCUCAGUGCUGUACAUACUUAUUUUUUCAGUACAAAGAAUGACACACACACACACACACACACAGUCCGAGGUUUUCCAGGAGAGCAGAGUGACAUUUAUUAAGAAAACAAAAUGAAAUGAGAAAACGCAGGGAGCAGUGGAAAGGUCUGAGCUUCCGGAAGUCUUCUUUUUUUUUUUUUUUUCUUUCAGCAAUGCAAAAUAUUAAUGGAAGAUGUUGACAGCGCGAAGUUUAGGCUAGUGUACGUAAAGGCCUUCCUGUAUAAAUCCCAUAAUUAUCCACAAAUACUUGCUUCUGUGAAACUAUUCUCCUCCUGGGGCGGGAAUCAGGUGCUUAUUUAAAUACAAAAACUAUACGUUUAUAUGAUAGGUAAGACUGUAGUAGUUGAUGCUAAUCCACUUUUAUUUACCAGAAAUCAUAGACACUUACAGAAAUAUAUACACGUCAUGCCAUGGAUGCAUUAGAUUGGCUGAAUGAAGGUUCUUCUCGGAAUUUCUUUCUUUUUUUUUUUUUUUUUUUAAGGGUUACCAUGGUAACAGCACUGCAGCAAGCUCCCGAUGUGACUUUUGGAAAAAUGGCGGAAGUAAUAAAAGAUAAACAACAACAACAGAAAACAAAAUGUGCCUGUCCGUGGCUACAGCCCUGUCCCUCUCUCUCUCUUAUUCUCUCCCUACCUCACUCUCCCACUUCCUCCCCCUCUCUCCCCCAUCCCUCUGUCCCCUCAUUUGUCUCUGUAGAGAAGGGAAAUGUAAUUUACUGCAAGGAAGGAGGCAGGGUAAGGAUCAGGGAGGGGUCUUUAUGUGAACAUUCCAUUAUGAGCAAAAAAAAAAAAAAAAAAGCAGAAAAUAGUUAUGUAAAAAAAAACUAUGCAAUCAUAAUGUGUUGAAUUUCUGAGCUCUGGGGGGAAACGUGGGCAUCAAUCAGGCCCUUUCUGCGAAGGUUCUUUGUCUAAAUGAAACAGGAGAACAGAUCCUCCAGUGUUUGGUGGCUGUUAUAGGGAGAGGAGGGGGAGACACAGGGAGGGACAGACAGGGAAGGAACUGAGAAGAAAAGACUUGGACCAAACGCUUGUGUUUCUUUUUCUUUCUUUUUUUUCCCUGCAAGGUUGGAGAGAAAUGAACUCUGGAAUUGUGAUUUUUCUUUUUUUUGUACUCUUUAAUAUCAAACCUUAUCUGCUGUACUGGAAACUGCAACGCCUUCUGUCUCUAAUAAGUGAGUUUCACAAAGCACACAUAAAAGUUUCCUUACAAAAUA